AUGCAGAGACCUCCGUCAUUCGUUCUACUUGAUCAUGAUUCUUCCUCUUCAGAACCUGAAGAAUUUGUGAACUAUUCAAGUAACGCGUUCGAGGAAGGGCUGACGUUUAAUGCUUCAUCAACUUUGAAUAAUGGUCAAUCUAAAUCAUAUAGUUCACCUAAAGAAACUACCUUUCCCAAAGAACCUACCAAAUCCUCCACUGGCGAUCAAGAUACAUGCUUACCCUCAGCAGAUGAGUGUGCCGAUAUUGCUGAAAUCUCUAUUAAUCGUUCUCGAGAAAAUUCGGAGGUUUCGAAUAUAUCGAGUCUUUCACCAGAAGAGGUUAUUCUUGAUCCCAUCCGUAGCUCAGAUGAAUGCGAAUCAAGAUCUGACUCGAAAAUCGAUGAAUCAUCUUGCUCAAUUGAUGGUUCUCUCAUUGGACUUCUGGAUAGUCUCCCUCCAACGGAAUCAGAAGUUGCUCAGAAUUCAAUUCCAGAAACCGAAACUGCAAUUGAAACGAUUGAAGAAUCCGCAAUUCCUACCGAGGUUAAAACAGCGCGCGAUCCUAAUACUAGCUUCUUCAUUCGUUUUGUAAACAUGAUCUUAAGUAUCAACGAAGCUUUGGAUCAGAUUGGUAAGUAUAAUAUUUACUAUUUCAGUGCUUGA